GAGCUGCACAGGGUAAUUGUUGAGGUUUUGGACAUAAACGAUCACGCUCCCGUCUUUCCGAAUAAUGACAAAGCUCUCAUAUUUGAAGUAAAUGAAGCUGCUGUAGUAGGAGUGCGCUUUCCCCUGCAGAGUGCGGAGGAUCAAGAUGUGGGUCAAAAUGCGUUGCAAAAUUAUAUUUUGUCAGCAAACGACAAUUUUAUCCUAAAUCAGCAUGCAAAUCCAGACGGCAGUAAAUAUGUUGAAAUGGUGCUGCAGAAGCCUUUAGACAGAGAGCGACGGCCCCGUUUGUCUUUAAAAUUAAUUGCAGUUGAUGGAGGAACACCACAAAGAUCGGGUACCGUAAAUAUAGAAAUAAACGUCUUAGAUGCAAAUGACAAUGAACCUGUAUUUAACCAGUCGGUGUAUAAGGCUACUGUUCUGGAAAACACAAUAAAGGGGAAGAGUAUAAUAACUGUAAAUGCGACAGACGCUGACAGUGGUUCAUAUGGACUCAUGACUUACAGUUUGUCAAAAAUGAAAGGAAGUGCUGCCAAUAUAUUUCAUAUUGAUGAAAACACUGGCACAAUUUAUGUAUCUGGUGAAAUAGACUUCGAAAAGGACAGAAAGUAUGAAGUGAGGGUGGAGGCAAAGGAUCAAGGUGGGCUGAUUGGAACCAGUAAAGUUAUAAUUGAUGUUAUUGACGUAAAUGACAAUGCUCCAGUUAUUAAUAUAAAGUCAUUUUCCAGCUAUCUGUCUGAGGAUUCCCCUCCUGGUACAACAGUUGCAGUUCUGAACAUAAAAGAUGUUGAUUCUGAGAGAAAUGGACAAAUAAAAUGUUCGUUAGACCGAAAACUUCCUUUUAAAAUUGAGCCAUCUCUUACAAAUUAUUAUAAUUUGAUUUCAGAUCAAUAUUUUGAUAGAGAAUCAGUUUCAGAAUAUAACAUCACAAUUACAGCCACCGAUCUCGGAGCACCUCCUCUUUCUAGUUCAACCAAGUUACAUCUCAGAAUAUCAGAUGUGAAUGACAAUGCACCGCUAUUCAAUAAAAAUAUUUACUCUGCUUAUGUCGCAGAGAACAAUUCGCCUGGCACUUCCAUAUUUGCUGUCACUGCGCGAGAUGCUGAUUGGAAUCAAAACGCGAGAAUCUCUUACCUUUUGGAAGAUACACAGAUAACUGGCAGUCCAAUUUCGACUUUUGUUACUUUGAAUUCUGAAAGUGGUGUCCUCAGUGCCAUUCGAUCAUUCGAUUAUGAGCAAAUUAAA